AUGAAACUGUCAGUUGUUACUCUCCUCGCCGCCGUGCCAGCCAUUGUGGCGGCCCCAACCCCGGAGCUCAACUCUGAACCCUUGAAAACCCCAGCCAGGCGUGAGGCAAAUGCGCCUGCCGGGGGAGUUUCUCUCGAUAACAGAAAUUCUAGGAGGUGGUCUCAUCACGAUGCAAAAACAGACCGCAGGGAUGUGCUCGAGUCUGAUGAGGAAGAGGAGGAUAUAACUACAAAUAAUGGUCGUGGUGGAUAUGGCGGUGGCAGAGGUGGUAGAGGUGGUAGAGGGGGUGGUAGGGGCAGUAGUAGUUAUGGUGGACGAGGUGGCAGAGGGGGUAGUAGUGGUGGACGAGGUCGUGGUGGACAGGGUCAUGGUGGACGAGGUCAUAGUGGUGGAGGUCGUGGUAGAGGAGGUCGUGGUGGUUCUGGAGGGGGCUAUGAUUACCCGGUUGUUCAACCUAAAGCCGAAAAGUCAGGUGGCUGA